AUGGUCAACGCGGAAAUGAAAAGUUAUAACUCCCGGGUGGAGGAAUUUAGGGAUAGGGAGUACCCUAUGAUCAAAGACUCUAUAUAUCUUGACCAUGCCGGAACAACGCUCUAUGCCAAGUCUCUGGUUGACAGGUUCUCUGCAGAGUUGAUGUCAAACCUAUUGGGCAACCCCCACUCCGCUUCCCCUUCUUCUCAAUACAGCACUUCUCGCAUUGAAGAUAUUCGCCUCAGACUUCUCCGGUUUUUCAACGCUGAUCCUGAGGAGUAUGAUUUGGUCUUCGUUUCCAACACUACAGCUGGGAUUAAACUCGUUUCCGACGCCUUCCGAGCCUCGCCAGAGGGCUUUUCUUACGUGUACCACGAGGCUUGCCACACAAGUAUAAUAGGGGUUCGCGAAGAGGCGCGCGAGAGCAGGUGUGUUACGGAUGACGAUGUGAGACAGUGGAUUGAUGGAAAAUCUCCCCUGGAUGAUUUGAACGCCUCGGACUUGCCCACGCUAUUUUCCUACACGGCCCAGUCUCAUAUGGAUGGGCGACGUUACCCAUUAAUUUGGCCAUCUCUGCUGCGAGAAUCGCCUGCCGCUUCACAGCGGCAAUUUUAUACGCUAUUGGACGCAGCCUCGCUAGUGGCCACCUCUCCUCUAGAUCUCAAUAACUCGGAAACGGCACCCGAUUUCACGGUUCUGAGUCUUUACAAAAUCUUUGGCUUUCCAGACCUCGGUGCUUUGAUUGUCAGGAAACAGGCUGAGCCGAUUUUCAACCAAAGACGCUAUUUUGGUGGCGGUACUGUUGACAUGGUCGUUUGUGGAAAGGAAAGAUGGCACUCUCCAAAAUCCAUGUUCCUUCACGAGAGGCUGGAGGAUGGCACUCUCCCAUUCCAUAAUAUCAUUGGACUUGAUGCUGCUCUAGACGUUCACGCAGAGCUGUUCGGAAGUAUGGCUCGCGUAGCAUCGCACACGGCAUUCCUGAGAAACCGACUAUACGAUGGACUUGCCAGCCUCGAACACGGAAAUGGGUUGCCUGUCUGUACCAUUUAUUCAGAACGGCGCAACGAUGUGUCGGUGGGAAGCGGGCCACUUAUUUCAUUCAACAUUCGCGACAGUGCCGGAGCCUGGAUCAGUCUACACGAGCUCGAAAAGCUCGCCACUCUGAAGAAUUUACAUAUCCGGACCGGCGGUGUCUGUAGUCCCGGAGGCAUCGCUUCGGCACUCGGCCUGAGCCCAUGGGAUAUGAGAAGAAAUUUUUCGGCAGGGUUCCGCUGCGGUACUGAUCAAGAUGUCAUCGCUGGAAAGCCGACUGGCGUGAUACGAGCAAGUCUAGGUGCGAUGAGCACUAUUUCCGACGUUGACUUCCUGGUCGACUUUAUCGCCGAAUUCUACCGAGAAGAAGUGGCAGAUGAAGACUGUCGCGCCGAAAUGACAACCUCGUCGAUAAGGAUCCAAGUCCAGAGCAUAAGCGUCUAUCCGAUUAAAAGCUGCGGCAGUUUUACCGUUCCACUUGGUAUGGCCUGGGAAAUCAUGCCAGAAGGUCUGGCUUGGGACAGAGAAUGGUGUCUUGUCCACCAAGGGUCAGGACAAGUACUGAGCCAGAAGAGGUAUCCCAAGAUGGCCCUCAUCAAACCCACUCUUGACUUCGAUGACGGCGUGUUGCGUGUAGCGUACAGAGGGAAGAAACCUUCUCACCUACCCAACGAGAUCUCAGUUCCCCUAUCUGCGGAUCCCACUUACUUCGAAACGAAUGGCUGCCCUCGUGAGAGGUCCUCACGAGUAUGCGGCGACAAGAUUACGACACAAGUCUAUGCUUCCGACCACGUCAACGGCUUCUUCAGCGACAUUCUCGGCGUGCCAUGCGUACUGGCACGGUUUCCGGCGGGAGGGCAGGGACCAAGCAUGCGUCACUCGAAAGCCAAGGUGCAAAAACAUCAGUAUCCUCAAGUCGGGCCCCCAAGGGUGAGUCUUGGGGCGUCUCCAGAGCUACCCUCCCCGCCAGACUCGGACUCUGAGCAAUCACCAUCCAAAAUUCUUCUCUCUAACGAAAGUCCAAUACUCCUGAUCAACACAUCAAGUUUACGCGCUCUCAACCACGAAAUCCAGGCGACUGGCGGGAAACCAGUUCCUUCCGAGGCAUUCCGAGCCAACAUAUUGGUCGGGUCAACUCAGGAUUCUGACCAUAUCCCGUGGGCAGAGGAUGAAUGGAAGAAACUCACAAUUGGUGGUGAGGACUUCACAAUGCUGGGAUCUUGCCGCAGAUGUCAGAUGGUUUGCGUUGAUCAAGAGAGCGGCGAGAGGCACCAGGAGCCGUUCGUGACGCUGAGCAAGGUUAGAAGGUUCGACGGCAAGGUGUACUUUGGCACGCACAUGAGCCAUGAUCCCACCACGACAUUGCUCAGAGAAAGAACGCAAGGCUCGGUGAUAAGAGUUGGUGAUUUGGUCAGCGUAGGAGCAUGA